AUGGGCAAGAAAGAAAAGGGCGGCGGCGGCGGCGCAGUCUCGCCAGACAGCGGUAGCAGUGAUGCCGGCGCGAAAUUGUUCAAGGCAAAGUGCGCAACGUGUCACACCGCCAACGACGGAGGACCAAACAAGCAGGGACCCAACCUAUGGGGCGUGAUGGGCAGGCAGUCUGGGCAGGUGGCUGGGUUCAAAUACACGGCGGCAAACGUCAACUCCGGCAUCAUCUGGUCCAACCAGGCGCCGA